UUAUGUCCGACUCCGGCUGUUCUCCCUCUCAUACUAUCCACUCCCUCUAUUCUGACUCUCUCCCCGCCCUCGCCCCUCCCCUCCUCGAAAACAUAAAUCGGCCUUUCCCCCUCGCCAUCUUCUUCUUCUUUUCUCCCUCUCCCUUCUCUCUUUCUUCUUCAGACUACUUCUCUUUCUUUCCAUCUUUCUCUAUAUAUUCCUGUUUUCUAGAUACCCCAGUUAAAAAGUUCUCUCAAUCAAUCCUCCCUUCAAAAUGUCUAACCUUCCUCACGAGCCCGAGUUCGAGCAGGCCUACAAGGAGCUUGCCUCGACCCUUGAGAACUCCACCCUCUUCCAGAAGAACCCCGAAUACCGCAAGGCUCUCGCCGUCGUCUCCGUCCCCGAGCGUGUCAUCCAGUUCCGUGUCGUCUGGGAGGAUGAUGCCGGCAACGUCCAGGUCAACCGCGGUUUCCGUGUCCAGUUCAACAGCGCCCUCGGUCCCUACAAGGGUGGUCUCCGUUUCCACCCCUCCGUCAACUUGUCCAUCCUCAAGUUCCUUGGUUUCGAGCAGAUCUUCAAGAAUGCUCUCACUGGCUUGAACAUGGGUGGUGGUAAGGGUGGUUCCGACUUCGACCCCAAGGGCAAGUCCGACAACGAGAUCCGUCGCUUCUGUGUUUCCUUCAUGACCGAGCUCUGCAAGCACAUCGGUGCCGACACUGACGUUCCCGCUGGUGACAUUGGUGUCACCGGUCGUGAGAUCGGUUUCCUCUUCGGCCAGUACCGCAAGAUCCGCAACCAGUGGGAGGGUGUUCUCACCGGUAAGGGUGGCAGCUGGGGUGGUUCCCUCAUCCGCCCUGAGGCCACCGGUUACGGUGUUGUCUACUACGUCGAGCACAUGAUUGCUCACGCCACCAACGGCCAGGAGUCCUUCAAGGGCAAGCGCGUUGCCAUCUCCGGUUCCGGUAACGUUGCCCAGUACGCCGCCCUCAAGGUCAUCGAGCUUGGCGGUUCCGUCGUCUCCCUGAGCGACAGCCAGGGCUCCCUCAUCAUCAACGGCGAGGGUAGCUUCACCCCCGAGGAGAUCGAGCUCAUUGCUCAGACCAAGGUUGAGCGCAAGCAGCUCGCCAGCAUCGUCGGUGCUGCUCCCUUCAGCGACGCCAACAAGUUCAAGUACAUUGCCGGUGCCCGCCCCUGGGUUCACGUCGGCAAGGUCGACGUCGCUCUUCCCUCCGCCACCCAGAACGAGGUUUCCGGCGAGGAGGCCCAGGCUCUCAUCAACGCUGGCUGCAAGUUCAUCGCCGAGGGUUCCAACAUGGGUUGCACUCAGGAGGCCAUCGAUACCUUCGAGGCCCACCGUACCGCCAACUCCGGCGCUGCUGCCAUCUGGUACGCCCCCGGUAAGGCCGCCAACGCCGGUGGUGUCGCUGUCUCCGGUCUGGAGAUGGCUCAGAACUCUGCCCGCCUCAGCUGGACUGCUGAGGAGGUUGAUGCCCGUCUCAAGGACAUCAUGCGCGACUGCUUCAAGAACGGUCUCGAGACUGCUCAGGAGUACGCCACCCCCGCCGAGGGUGUCCUGCCUUCCCUGGUGACCGGAUCCAACAUUGCCGGUUUCACCAAGGUGGCUGCCGCCAUGAAGGACCACGGUGACUGGUGGUAAAUGCGAAAGCCGACCCCACGGCUUAUGUCAUGACGAUUAUGUAGUUUGAUGUUCCCUUUCAGCGCGAUGGAUAGAGGCGCCGGUGUUUUGGUAGUUUUAGAUGGAUGCAUAAUGAUAUCCUUUUCC